AUGGAGUUGUACGAUUCGGCCCGAUAUGGGUCGGUUUUCGGGCACAUUUUCCUCUCGACCGAGUCGUCCGAGGCGAACGAUGGCGUCGCGAGCUCCAAAAAGGAUACGUCAAAGUCGAAGCUGCAGUUGCUGCUGGAGUACACGGCAAACCGGGAGCGGUACGAAAUUGCUUCGAAUGCGUCCCGGUUUGCCGUGUACCAUGCGGUGCGGUCGAUUGUCCUGGAGCGCGAAACGACGGCCAGGGCCACGGUGUCCUCCAUGCGAAUCAUCGAUACCGCCCUGGACGAACCGAAGUCGGUCGGCAGCGCACAGGCAGGGUCUUCGCAGCGCGUUCCGCAGAUUGUGCUCGCGGGGUUGGACAGUUUGUACGGCAUCAUAGCGGAGACGCGCCAGAGCCAGCCCCGUAUAGCCACGAAGGCGCUUCGCUCGCUGUACGACAUCCUGCAAGGGCAAGACCCGGAAGGUAUGCGCCAUGAACCGGAUGCAGUGUUUGGCCCGCUCUUUGAUCUUCUGUUGGAACUAUCGACCACAAGCAGUCCUCCGUCGCCCGUUGGUGGUGCCUGGUCAUCGCUUGCCUGUUCCACCCUACUCUCGCUUGCCAUCGCCAAGGGUGACACUGGCCGUAUAGUGCGCGCCGUGGCCGCCAUCUUGAUGAGCUCCGCUUGCGGUUCUAAUGGGUCGGGCAGUGCCGCCACCACUACGACAGCCGGUGGAUGCGUACAAAUGCCUCAAAGCGUGGCCAAGCUGCAGCGUACCAUCUUUUCAAUGGCAACGGGACGGGCCACCAUUGCCGACUACUUCCGGUGUGGCAUUCCACGUGGCUGCAUGAUCGGAGAGUUUCGCCUGCCGCUCGAUUCGUCUAUUGUCCAUUCGGUGGCUUCGGAUGGGAAAUUUCUUUUCCUGGUCACCGCGAAAGGGUUGUUGAAAAUCGGAUCCGGUUUCAAUGGAACGCAGGAGGGUUUAAUAUACGGCGCGGUAACGAUUUCAAUGGCCAAAACCGAACUGCCAGGGUGGCUUGGUUACGCCGGGGGAAAGCUUUACUAUGGCCGUAUAAACAAGGCAAACGUUGCCAGCGGGUGGACAUUUCAGCUGUACGACCCGACAACGCUUACCGCCCUGGGAACGAUUCAAACGGCACCCAUCCCAGCACUGCAACGUCGCUAUGGUCAGUUGUUUUCCGAUGGUGAUGCAAUCUGUUGGCUUGGCGCCGUUUCGGACUCGAUCCGUGACAGUAUGGAGGCGGAUGAGCAGGAGGAGGACAUCCUGGUCGUGAAGCAACUCUAUCCACCUGUGCCCAAUGUCACAUCGGGUGCUGCUGGCUCGACCGAUCCGCGCCCGGAGCUCCGUUUGAAGCUGGCCAAAAACCGCUAUCACACCUACGGUUGGGCUGCUUUCGAGGAGGACCUGAUGGAGGGGGGUGGGUGUCAGCCACCAUCGAGUGGCGUCUCAUCGGCCGUGCUGGACAGUAAUCCCCAAGGUGCGACAAUCCAGUCGAUAUCGUGCGGCAAAGAGUUCGGCCUUGUUUUGGUCGACGAUGGUUCCCCGGGAGGUGGUGGUGGUGGUAGUGGAGGGUCCGGUUCCAGUGCUGGUGGCAAGGUGCUCUAUUGGGGUCGCAGCAUCGCACUGGGAUUAAAGACGUCCGCUGGGGCGUCCGGUAUGGUCGGAUGUGUCAUGAGCACCCCAAAGUCGACCAUUUCGAUGAAGCUGAACGAGCUGACGGCUUUGCCGAAGGGUAUCACUAGCUUCCGUCAGGUGGUUGUUGGCCAUGAGGCGAAUCACGGGCUGCUGCUGACGGCCGAUGGAACAGUUUACUUCACCGGUACGGCCAAGCGCGGUGAGGACGGUGAACUAGCCAAGACGAACCGACGCCAACCGAAGGCGGUCAAACCGAAGCGGCUGAGCAAAUUGGAUGGCCAUACGAUCACCUUCGUCGCGUGCAACAAUGGAACAUCGGCGUUCGUCACGAAGGAAGGAAAGCUGAUCAUGUACGGCAAGGAUACCAACUAUUGCGAACCGAACGGUGUCGUCGGUGGCCUGACGGAUGUUGUCAUUCGAAAGGUGGCCCUCGGAAAGGCACACUGCGUCGCGGUUGAUGCCCUCGGACAGCUGUACACGUUCGGGCUGAACAAUAAGGGCCAGUGUGGACGCAAAUUUCAACGGGAACGCAACGUUGAAGAACUGGCCACUACAAACAUUAACAUUCAAUCGAAUGCCAUAACAUCAACAGCGAAUGGAAUGAGCACUAUUUCGGCCAAUAGUCCCAACACAACCAACGCUACUUGCAACGCCUGCCACACGGUCCCGUCGGCCACGAAUACCGAUCCACCCGCGUCGGCCGCUGCCAAGUGUGGCUGCGGUUGCGGCUGCUGCUGCCAUUGUGGAGGUUCGAACGCGGCGGCCAAUACUAACACCAAUCCCGACCCAGACACACCACGUAUCGUCCCCGUGCCUCCGCAGCGCGUCGAUCUGCCUCAUCAGCAAUCAGGGAUGGAUCCGCGCCGUCCACCGAUAGUGACGCAGGUGGCCUGCGGUCAGCAUCACUCGCUGGUGCUAACGGCUGCCGGAGAUGUGUACAGCUUCGGCAGCAACCAGUACGGGCAGCUGGGAACCGGUGAUCUUCAAGCACCGGCCGGCGGUCGGCCACAUCUCAUUCGCUUCCCGUCCGGGACCGGUACGAUUUUGGCGGUGGCGGCCGGUAGUAACCACUCUGUGGUGUUGAGCAGCCGUGGUGCCGUGUACACCUUUGGCAACUACCACAAGGGACAGCUGGGCCGCGAAGCUCCCGUUGGCAGCGAGGGAAACUUUUUCUGGCACUGCGCACCGGUGGCCAUUGAGUCGGUUGGACCCGGAACGGGGCGCCGUGCGUCGUGGAUUGCGGCCAGCGGCGAUCAGAUGUACAUCAAGGUGGAGGAGUCGCUCAUCAACGGGGUGGCUUUAGCCAAGUACAGCGUAACGGCAGAUCGAUCGACAAUUUUGCUCAUACCAAACAAUCAACCACAUCUGGCUGGUUCGAUUACGAUCGAUCGUCGAACGGGACAUUGCCGUGCUCAUCGGACGAAUCAAUACGAUGCCCGUGCCGACUCCGGCAACGGCGGUAUGCGGGAGGCUUAUAGGCGCAACCGUUGGCACUUUUCCUUCACCCUCGAUCCCCUGUUCAACGUCCUAUGGGGCUACGAUGGCAUCCGAAAGCGGAUGUUGAUCUUCAAUCCGAUCGCCGCCGAGCUCAACGUCAGUGAUACCAUUCGCUUCGGUGGGAAUGAACCGCUGUCGGUUUUGAGUCCAGAGAUAGCCCUACCCCAACGGUGGAACGGUUCCGAGGUUCCGCGGUUUCAGUUGGCUCUGAAUUUGCUCGCCUGCUUGGAUGUGCUGACGGAGGCAACCGAGCGACUUGGGUCAUCGGGCCAGUGGCCACCGUUCGAGCCAUCGUUGGAUGGAUCCACCACGGGUGGUUCACUGUCGUCGCCUCUGGAUGGAAAUGUCAAUGUGAACGCAUCGGAUUGGUUCACGGGAUCACGUGGUGCAUUCAGCAGUGCUAAUGGACGGCAGGUGAAGCUUUGUGAUCUCACCGUCGAGGAGGAUCCCCAAGAGGAGGACCUUCCGGAGCAUCGAUCCGUUCUGCUCACGCCAACGUUCGGCUCGGGAAGCAUGGACGAGGAGGUGCCAGCAAUCCCUACACCGAACCGUUGGAAUCUCGGGAACGCGGACGCUGGCAGUGGAUUCUCCAACAUGGCAUCCGCCAACGAGGGAAGGUUUCCAUUCCGCUCCGGGAGCCGUUCCAAGCAGUCGAACAGUGGUGGUGCGAACGCAAACGUACACUACCGCCGGAAGAAGGCCUCGGGGGGUACGGGUUCAGCAGGUGCGGGUGGCGUAAGCAGCACACUGACCAGCUCGAGCGUGGAUGAAAGUGUAAUCACGCUGUGUCCCAUUUCGCGACGUUUUGCAACCGGGGUCAAUCGGGAAACGUUCGAGUCGCUGACGGCACUGUUGAGUUGGGCAUGGAACGCGUUCCGCAAUUUGUAUUGCGGGUUAAUUCGCGUGACGAAAUUAUCGAUAAUUACAUAACGUUUGUUUUCUUUCUAGCUUAUCGUACGGCUAUCGUUCAUAUGUAGAGCUUGUUUGAGACUUCUGCGGCGGUACUUGAACGCCAUCUAUCAUCCGACCGGAUCCCGCUCGACGGAGGAUGAAGCGGACGCGCACGCAGAAGAUCAGCUUCGGGCGGAGUUUUCGGUGCCACCCUUUGGAAGCUCCUAUCAGAACACCAGCUCGCCAAUGUCAUCCUCCGCGGCACCAUUACCGACAUCCGGCAGUCACCAAUCGCUCGCGGUGGCCGUCAUCGAAAUACGCACCCUUCUGAUAGACAUCCUAGCCGAUCGGGUCACCCUGCCGGUAAUGGAGCGUACGAUGCGACGUCGGCUUUGUAAGGCCAAGCGGGAAGUGUUGGCCGAAUGUCAUCGAACGUUCGUACGGUGUUUUGAUAUCUUUUACCCGACACCUCCGUUGAAGUGGGAAGUCCUGUGCCGACGCAGUGCCAGUGCGGAGCGCUAUACCGGGCGUCUUCUUUUGAGUGCCAUCCUGGCCGGUCUUUGCCAGCCGUCCGUUAACCUACGGGUGACGUUUUCCAUCCUUCUUAGCCCAUCCCAAACGCCACCGGUACCGUCGACCUCCUCGCGCCCCCAGUCAACCUCAAGCGGGGGUAUGCUGAUCUCGCGGAAUCGUGAUAUGUUGGCCAGCUUAAUCGAACAACUGACGAGUGCGGGUGCGGUAACGAACUCGACGGAGGGUGUCGGACAGUCGCAGGUUGGCGUUCCACAUCUUCCGGACUGGCAUUUCCGGGAUGUGCUCGAGUUGCUGCUGGAGCUCGUUUCGGAUCCGGUGCGCCGGAAGCUGGAUCGCAUCGGAAGACAUCGGCGACGGGGUAGUAGCAGUAGUGGGAGUAGUAAUAGCAACACAAGCACCGCCAGUAGCUGCCGCAGCAGCGAAGGGGUUGACUACGAUUACGAGCUCGACGAAGACGAAGGGACUGAUGGGGCGACGGAAAGUGUACGUCGUUGCCGGGCUCCGUCAAUUAGCGAGGAAUAUGAUAACGAGAGCUCACCCGAAGGACGCAAGAGACCGAUGUCAACCGGUGGUGGUGGCCGGUGCGCUUAUCGAAAUGAAUCUCCCGGCGAUGGGGACAGUGAGGGCGAUGAGGACGAUAGCGAUCAGGACGACGAUCCGGAUGAUGACCAGAGUCAGGAGCGAUUGCUAAUACGCAACGGAUGUCGACUGCUGGCGAAACUGCUCUCGGAAAUCAUCCAUCAUGGGUGCGAUCCGGUCGGUGAGCAGCGUGGCGAUCGUGGCGAUCAGGAGGACACCACGGCCCAGCAGCCGGCGACAGAUUUGAUGGUCCCACCGAUGGUGCCGAUGGGCAGCAACCGUUUGUACAGCACCGGCAGUCGCUUUGGGAAGAUUGAUCUCGGCAAGACGUGGAACACGGGCAACUUUGGGCCAGACGCAAUUGCGUUCACCGUCGAUCGGCCUGGAAUAUCGAUUGCCGGAGCUUGUGUCUAUUCCGGAUCAGGCAGUUACGAGUAUCAGCUGGAGUUGCUGUACGAUAGUCACCAUUCAUCCCACUCGCACACCUACUCCCAUUCGCACCGUUGGGAGGUACUGGAGUCGAUCGUCGGAUCGUACGAUCAAACGGCAGUACGACAGCAUAUGGCCGAACUACGUUUCAACCGGGCGGUGCUGCUGAAGGAAAACCAUCGCUACGCGCUGCGUCUGUGCAGCCAGGGAGCACGAACGCUGUCCGGCGAUUGCGGCCAGUCGUCGCUUCGAGGACCCUGCGGAACGGUGACGUUCCGUUUCUACCCGUGCGAUCUAAGCUUCAACGGAACGACCCCGGCACGGGGGCAGAUACCGGCCAUCCUGUACCACUGCACACCGGCCGGUGCCGCUGGCAGUUUCCAGCUUGGCGGGGCAAACGGUGGCAAUGGACGCGAGUUGGGCAACUGUCGGACACAAGCGCGUGAUCUUGCAUUGGAGGUAGCCCGAGCUAUUGUUGGUCGCUGCCGGGAGUUGCUGACCGUUGCUCACGAGCUUGCCCUGUGGACAUCCGCUUCGCCCGGAAUGCGGGCCCCUUCGUCGUCGGAAACAUCCUCGACACCUUCGUCGUCCGCAUCGUCCGGUGUGGUGGGAGCAAAUGGAAUGAUGCUAGGUGGUGGUGGUGGUGGCGGUGCUGGUGGUUCCGGUGGAGGAGUAGCGAUCGAUUCGGAGCACAACAUAACUCCGAUCGAGGAACAUCUGGACGUGGGCACGACGGGGCUAGUGAGCGUCCUUUCGUCCAACGCGGCGGCAACUACGAUCGAGCGAACGCGUCGUACGAUCGGCAAAGUGCUACCGAAAGGACUGCUCGAGACGUUCCGAGGCAGUAGUGGCACGGCCGGAGCAGCCACCCCGUAUGAUCCGUACGGCGAAAUCGACAGUGCAUCGGAGGCGAUUGGUGGUGGUGGUGGUGGCCCGGCGGCGGUCAGUGGCGCUGCGAACGGUGCCGGUAUCGGGAUGGCGGCAAAUGGAAAUGAAAUGGAGCUGCCAGCGAGUGCUGCGGCAGUGAUGGCCGUGGUACCCAUGCGCAAGCGAACCGUUUGGGAUCUGUUCCGAGCACGUACGACCCGCUCGCCGUCGGUGGUGAACUGUCUGUUCCGCUACCUGCUUCCGUUGACGUUGGCACAGCUGGAACGCUGCAUCCGGAUGGAUCUGAAGGUGUCGGUGGAGGUGCUCGCGAUGGUGCAGGAAAUAUUACCACCCAUUACGGCGCUCAACGAACUGCGCCGACAGCGGAACGGCGUGAUGGGAGUGGUGAAGGCCAGCAGCGGGCACAUGGGCCACAGCAGCGGUGCGACGCUGAUAACCUCGUCGGCGACGAGCAUGAACACGACCAGUCAGCACUACUGCAUCCUAGAGAGUGACCAUCCGUACCGAACGGCCGGACUUACGGCAUAUCGGGUGCGCUUUCCACCGACCGUGCGCUGGAUGUGCCUUACAUUCGACGCGCAGUGCGGAACCGUCCAGGAGGAGGAUCGCGUGAAGGUAAAGAUUCCGAGCCGGACCGGAGCGAGCGACAAACCGGAACCGGUGGACGAUUGGUGCACGGUGCGCAUGUACAACACACCGUCGCGCUGGUCGUACGGCGGUCCCGGGCGAGCCAUGCUGCUUCCCGGCCGCGAGGUAGAACUUUCGCUCGAAUCCUGUUCGACGUACGUCAACGAACCGAAAAGUCCCGCGUUCGGGUUCAAGUGUUUGGUGAUAGGGUACGAAAAUGCCGACCAGCUGCCGCCGGCCUCCGUCGAGCACGGCGAGCAUGGCCAACAUGGUGGAACGAGUGCGGGGGGAACUCUGAUUGCCCUCGAGCACGAACUCGCGCACCUUGGAGGGCGCUGCAGCAGGAACCUACUUCGGAAGGAGCUCCGCUUCGACGACGACCCGGACGAUCGGCUGACCGAUCCGGAAGCGACCACACUGGAGCGCUAUGGCACGACACUGCUGGCGAAGGGACUGAUGGUGCCGGACGCGAUGCUGACCAUCCGGAACGCGCUCGACUGCCACCUGCCAGUGCUCGAAAAAAAUUAUGAGAAGCAAUUCUUGCGCGAUUUUAUAUACGUCGCUGCCGGGUCGCCUGGGGCACGCUUGGCCUCCUGGCUCCAGCCCGAAUCGCGACUGGAUCCCAGCCGGUGUGAGAUAAAAAUAAUUUCUCCCCAAGCGCCACCCCUGCGAGCAGGAUGGCCAUCGCACUUCCGGCUGGAGACGCGGGACCAGUACGGGGAGGAGAUUUUCGUUCCCGGAAUAAAGAUCGAAGUAAAAGCAUCACUCCGCCGCGACACAUCAGUUAACGCAAUUACGCCAAAAGUGUCGCCCGGAACACCGACCGCUGCGCCACCCUCCGUCCCGUACGAACCAACGUACAAAGAGAAGGAAAAGAGCUGCCUGCAGGCAAUCAGCGCCAUGCGCCCGUAUCAUGGGUACUCGUUCGAGGAGCUGCGCCUGUACGCGUCCAACAUGAGCAGCACCAGCACGUCGACGACGGCGACGACGGAAAUUUUAACCGCGAACGAUCUGGGUAAAAAUAAGUACGGCUUCGUCUGGACGCCGAUGGUGGCCGGCGCGUACGAGCUGACGCUGCAGAUCGACGGCGUGCCGGUGGUGGUGGAAGACGAGGAGGAAAUCUACCGUCUCGAGGUGAUCGACGCGGGCGCGCCGGGGAGUGGACAGGGGCUAAAGAAAGUCCAUCCACCGACGAAGCUGCGGAAGUUCCUAGCGAAGAACUCGGCUGGGUUGCGCGUGCGGCUGCAUCCGACGCUCCAAUCGGAGCAGAUUGGAAUUGUCCGACCCAAUGGUAUUGUCGCUUAUGGUGACGAGCUUGAGAACGACGACGGUGUCUGGGUGCGUCUGACGGCGGAAUCGAUCCGCGAGCACUGCCCAGCAUCCUGGUUCCCGGUGGAGGCUUGGUGUCUGCAGUACAACCAGCACCUCGGCAAGACGCUGCUGCACCCCAUCGUGGACACCUGCUCGACGAAGGUGCUGCUGGAGCACACGGCCGCCAAGGAGGAACCGUCGGUGGCGGCUACGGACGCGGCGGACGACAUCGAGGCGGAGGACGACUGCGAGGGCGAAGGUGAGGAAAAUGAGAACACCAUAAAUUACGGUGAGUUUCGAAAGGCCGCUACAGCCGCUCUUUCCGAGGUAGUCGGCGGGGGCGCGAAGGCACUGCAAAAGUGGUUCCACCGUACCGGCACCGACGGUGCGCUGCUGGAGGACCAGCGGGCCCUUUCACCGUCGGUGGCCGAAGCACUGCGAGCCGUGUUCGCCGCCUUCCUCUGGCAUGAGGGGCUCGUGCACGAUGCGAUGGCUUGCGCGUCGUUCCUGAAGUUCCAUCCGACCAUCUCGAAGACGGCUGGCAUCGGGCUCGGCAAUGGCGGAGGCCUGGCCAUGCCGACGGUGCUGACCCGCGAGCAGAAGGUCCUGCAGCGACAUUCGGUGGAGUUCUCGAACGCCACACUGGACGCCCUGGAACGCAGCGGCAAUCGGUGCAUUAUCAAUCGGCGCCAUCGGGGUAUCGGAGGUGGGUUUGCCGCGGGUAUUGACGCCGGUGGCUCACCGUCGUCGGCGUCGGGCGGAAUGAAUGCCGUUCCGCCGGUGGCGUUGCGUUGCCUGGUGCACCUUUGGGAUCAGCUUGGCUCCAACUUUGUACAGCUGGUGGAAACCAACUCGAACGACAAGCGCAACGACGAUGGACACGGGGUGAAGGAUCCACUGGGAGCUACGCCGGCCGGUCAGAGUUCGGGAGGAUCAACCGGAACUGCAAGCGGACCGCAGCUGGUUGCCAGCAAGAGUGGGCUGGCGUUGGCACCGACCAACAACGCUGUUGCCGGCGGACCAACCUCAGGCCCUCAGGGCUCAUCGACCGCGCCGUCCGCCAACGGAGUCGCCGAUGGAAGCUACUGUGAGCUGUGCCGGACCGUGCUUCACUCGAUACCCGUCACCUACCACAUGCGUCUGGCUCAUCCGGGCUGCGGGCGUCCGGCCGGUGGUCAGGGCUACAACUCGAACGGGGUCUACUGUGAGGGUUGGGCGGGCGAUUGUGGUGAUGGUGGUCACGGUGUGUCCAGCUGGUACCUGCUGUGCGAGGCAUGCCGUAAGCGAUACGAAGGAACCACACCCGUGCCGCUGCCGGUGUCACAGUCGGCCCUGGCCAGUGCAGCCGAUCGCCGGGGCGAACCGCCACGUUCGACCCUCCCGUCGGAACUGUUCGCCAUGAUGAAGGAGAACGCUUUCUUCCUGCUCGACCUCGCACCGGUAGAGUCAUCGGGCGGUAGCAGCGGGCCGUCCGGAGCUGAUGGGUCGCUCACCGAGGUGACGGAGGCAUCCGAGUGGCCCACUCCACCGGAUCGUCCAGCCUGUCUGGGGACGUUCAUCGAACCGGACACGGACCGGCAGCAGUCGGCUGCCCGGUUUCCCGGCGACGGUGCUACCGGAUUCCCGCUAUCGGGAGGCAAAUUCCACCGUAGUGUUUCAAUGGGACAAGGUGCGGGACCGUCGGUGGUUCUUAGGCGUCGACAGCGUCGGGAAGAUGAACGAUCCGACGCUAACCUGCUCAAUCAUCCAUCGGAGAACCUACGUCGGUUGGUUCCGCUUGAGGUUGGCAUGCAGCAUGCAACACUGGGGGAUCCCGUUGUCCCUUCUGCCGUCGGUGCUUCCGGUGGUCUUCUCGGUCGUCCCGCGAUGGUAUUCAUCCUGGAGCGUCAUAGCUUGGAUCGCCUGCGCCGCCUACUUAUCCGCCAGUUGCGCCGCUCACUCUGUCACCGAUAUAGUCUUCAGGCGUUCAACUGGCUGCUCCGACAGCUAACGGAACCGAUCGGCCUGCACGAUGUCAUGUGGUGGUUCGUUUCGGCACUGACCGCCAGCGACGCAGGGGACGUCGAUCCUUCCGAUACCGAGUCCGAGCUGGGCCUGGAACAUCCCGCCAGCUCGUGCGAGGGACAUCUCGGCCGUGGCAUCUCUCGAGCCCUCCAUGCCCUCCUGUCUACGGUGUCCGAGUUGACGCUACACUUUCCACUCGGCUCACCACUGCAGCGCAUCGCGGUCCAGUGUUUCGGGCUACGUUUUGUCCCCUCGGACCACCAGUUCCUGCACCGGGUGAACGUGUUUGGCAACAUUUCGCGCAUCCUGUCCAAGUCGGAGGAGGAAGAAGAACGUGCUCUCGAGUCGCAGACGUCCCGUGCCCGUGCCGCCGAUCUGCUACUGGGCGUGGAGGAGACCGCCAUCGAGGUGACACUAUUUCAGGACAUUACUGAUAUGUACGAGCUCACCGUUUCGUCGAGGCCAGCCCUUGCACCGGCCCUGCUGGACAACUCGACGGAAACCUUCUGGGAGAGUGACGAGGAAGAUCGGGGCAAACCGAAAACGAUUGAGCUAUCGUUGGGGGGUCGCGCUGGACCUUCAGCAGCGGGCCCUGCCUCUUGUCAGCUGGCGUUAAUUGCAAUCCACGUCGACAACAGCCGCGAUGUCGCUUGUAAAGUAACGUCCCUACUGUUGUACGGAGGUUUGCAUAUCAAUAAUGCCAACGGCACUGGGGAACUGUCCCUGUUGCGUACGAUAGAGAUAGAUCCGGCUGCGUGCGCUUGGCAGACCAUUCCCGUGUCGCCCGGACAAGGCAACACUGCCAGUGGUAAUUCCGGCGCCUCCAGCGGCCACUAUCGGCUGGAAAUUCGAGGUCCCGAUGCGACGCUGCGCAUUCGGCAGGUGAAGCUGUACGGAACGCGGGCCAGCAACCUUACCACGUCGGAAGUACCACCACAGCCAUCGCUACCGACCCCACGCCAAGUCCAAUCACGGCUCUGCGAACAGGAAACUCUUCGUGUAUUCCGGCUCCUCACUGGGCAGGUGUUUGGGAAGCUGCUGGAAGAGACGUCCACCCACCGGGACUCGUCAGUUGGUGGCAAUGGCGCUGGUGAGCGAAUGGUGAACGGCAGUGGCAGUAGCACCGGGGAAGCCGCUGGCACGGAACUAUCCCCGUUGCCCUCGUUGUCAGAAUCGAUACACGAUCUUCGGGAGCACGCGGUCGGAAUAUUGUUCAGCCGGCGGAAGCUAAGCCAUCUGCAGAAGCAAAUCAUCGUGCACGUGGUGCAGGCGAUCGAACGCGAGACGGUCAAAUCCCGAGACGCCUGGGAAGCGACACUCAACGGGGACACUAGCACGGCGACGAUCUACAACGAUGCGUACUGCUUCGAAAUGCUUAGUAUGGUCCUGGCCUUAUCUGGAAGUUCCGUCGGUCGUACUUAUCUUUCCCAGCAGCAUCAUCUGCUGAAGGAUCUCUUAUCGCUGGCGCACACCGGAAGUGAUCGAGUUCAGCGGCAGGUUACGGCACUUAUUCGACGUAUCCUUCCGGAACUUCCCUCUGAAUCGACCGGACAGCCGCAGGCGAAUGGUUCCGUCGAAAACGCCCCUUCCAGCCAGACCGAUUGUGAGGCCCUGCUGGACGUGCUGCUAGCGCUUAUUGCCAAGUCCCUGCAAGUGCAACUGAAGGUGAAAAAUGGUGCCUCCAAUGGGCAACAGCAGCACAAUCAGGUGGCACAAAAUAUCCCCCCAUCGCUCGCUACCACCGGCGUCAGCUUGGCCAGCGUUACACCCGCCUCAGGGCAAACGCUCUCCUCGGGGACGGGCAUCGGUCGACAUCAAAGGUACCGCUGGUACCUGCGGGGAUCGAUUGCGGCGAAGCAGGCCGAAAGCAUCAUCGCCCUGGUGCGCGAUAUGGCCAGCGGGAAGCUUUCGGAGCGCUGGGCAACGGCAAGCCGGGCAGCGGUGGCCAGCUGUCUGCUCACGGUGACGCAACUCGAGGAGGAAUACCGGCGCAGUGCGGACGCUUGCAUCCGUACGGCCACGCUGUGGCUUGCCCUGGCGGCCCUGUGCGUUAUCGAUCGCGAACAAAUUGAACGACUCUCCAGCAAUCAGUGGCACCGGCAGUCGGAAUCUAAUCGACCGCUCUGCAGCAACCACGACGAUGAGGUAACGUUCGCGGUCUUGAACUGUGCGCUCUGUGGAUCGCUUUGUGCCGACUGCGAUCGAGUGUUGCACUUGAACCGGCGCACCAGAAGUCACCACCGCACGGUUUGCAAGGAAGAACAGGACGCCAUCCGGGUGGAGCUGCACGAGAGCUGCGGCCGUGCGAAGUUGUACUGGCUGUGGGCUGUGGUGGACUCGCGCACGCUCAAAGGCAUGCUGGAGUUCCGCGGGCACGACCCUAGCGCCAGCUGCAGCGCCGUGCCGGUAACGGCCACCGGCGUUGGCGUGUGCCGUUUCUGUGGCGCUACGGGAAGCAGCGGGCUGCUCGCACUCGGCAACAUCUGUCCGGACGCCCAGUGUCAGGAGUACGGCGCCGUGUCUUGCACGAAGGUACACGCGCGCUGCGGGCACGCCUGUGGCGGUAUCCUCAACGAGGGCCAGUGUCUCCCGUGCCUGGUGCCAAACUGCCAGGCCGAGGGCGAACCGAACCACUGCGGGCCCGGCGUGCCCCGCCUGACGCAGGACGGCGAGGACAUGUGCAUGAUCUGCUUCACGGAAACGCUCGGUACGGCACCGUCGGUACAGCUGCGCUGCGGCCACGUUUUCCACUACCACUGCUGCAAGACGGUACUGAUGCGCCGCUGGAACGGUCCGCGCAUCAGCUUCGGCUUCGCGCAGUGUCCUAUAUGCAAGGUGGACAUCGAACAUCCUUCACUCGAACCAUUCCUGGCACCGAUAGUCGCUUUACGGCAGGACGUUAAGCGGAAGGCACUUAUGAGACUAGAAUACGAAGGACUGGCAAAAGCGGUUACGGCGGACGGAACCGAUCCGACUCGGUACGCCAUGGAGCGCUAUGCGUAUUACGUUUGCAGUCAGUGCACAAAAGCCUACUACGGUGGAGAAGCCCGUUGCGAUGCGGAGCUCGGGGAAAACUUCAACCCGCAGGAGCUGGUGUGCGGUGGAUGUAGCGACGUCUCCAAGGCAAAGAUGUGCCCGAAGCACGGCAUGGACUUCCUCGAGUACAAGUGUCGCUACUGCUGCUCGGUGGCGGUAUUUUUCUGCUUCGGAACGACGCACUUCUGCGACACCUGCCACGACGAUUUCCAGCGGCUAACGAAUCUACCGAAGGGCAAGCUACCGCGCUGCCCGGCCGGCCCAAAGGCCACCCAGCUUACGGGCGAGGAGUGUCCGCUGCACGUGGUACAUCCACCAACCGGGGAAGAGUUUGCGCUCGGUUGCGGUAUCUGCCGCAAUGCGCAAACAUUCUAG